AUGGAUUAUGAAACUACGAAGCGCAAAAUUCGUGAGGGCAUGGAAUCAUCAAUCAAUAGUGCCAAUGGAGCCCUCGCAACAGGACUUGAAGCUUUAAAUAGACUGAAAUUGCAAGGUCAACAUCUUACAAACGCAAACGAUAACUUAAAUCCACUUUUGACUUCAGGAGAAGCAUCGAUGAACUUAACGCAUGGCAUAUUAAAUAACUUAGGCGAGGCUAGAAAUAUGUUUAUUAUUUGCGCAAUUGUUUUCAUCGUAUUGAUCUUUUUCGUCAUUCGCUGGAAACACUCGUAA